AUGACCGGACCCGGCUUGGCCGCGCUGCUGCUGGCCAUGUGCAUCGUCUGCGGCUCCCGGGAGGCUCCGGCGGACGCCACCGGGGGGCGCCCUCCCGGCCCGGCCCGGGGGGUGGGCCGGGGCGAGGGCACCCGGGCCCGGGGGGUGGGCCGGGACGAGGGCAGCCGGGACCGGGGGGUGGGCCGGGACGAGGGCACCCGGGCCCGGGACGAGGGCACCACGGCCCGGGGGAUGGGCCGGGAAGAGGGUAGCCCCGCCCGGGGGAUGGUCGGGGACGAGGGCACCCGGGCCCGGGGGAUGGGCCGGGACGAGGGCACCCGGGCCCGGGGGGUGGGCCGGGACGAGGGCAGCCGGGACCGGAGGGUGGGCCGGGACGAGGGCAGCCGGGCCCGGGACGAGGGCAGCCGGGCCCGGGGGAUGGUCCGGGACGCGAGCAGCCCGGCCCGGUGGCGGGGCGCGCGGUUCCCGCGGGGCCCCGGCUCCCCCAGCGUCCUGGCCGGGUUCGCGGGCAAGCACCGGGUGUGGGUGAUCUCGGCCCCGGACGCGUCCUCGGGCUACUACCGGCUCAUGAUGAGCCUGCUGCAGGCCGACGUGUACUGCGAGCUGGCCGAGCGGCACGUCCAGCAGAUCGUGCUGCUGCACGCGGCCGGCCGCCGGGAGGCGCUGCUCCGCGCCAUCGGCCCCGAGGGCCGGGUGCGGGAGCGGCCGCUCGACCCGGGCCUGGUGCCCGCGCUCAUGGCCUUCCUCAAGCUGGAGCCCGGAAAGUUCGGCAUGGUGCUGCUGAAGAAGACGCUGCAGGUGGACGAGCGCUACCCCUACCCGGUCCGGCUGGAGGCCCUCUACGACCUCAUCGACCGGGGCCCCCAGCGCAAGAUCGAGAAGAUCCGCCAGAAGGGCUUCGUCCAGAAGUGCAAGGCCGCGGGCGUCGAGGGCCAGGUGGUGGCCGACGGCGGGGCGGGGGCGGGGGCGGCGGCCGGCGAGGGCCAGGCGGUGGCCGACAGCGGCCCCGGGGUGAGGCCGGGGGCGGCCGCCGCCACCACCACCGCCGCCGCCACCCGAGCAGGCCCGAGCAGCGAGCAGACGAGGAAAGAGGCGCCGAGGAGGGGGCCCGGCCCGCCCACCAGAGGCAGCCGGGCCCGAGGCCCGGGGCCGGCCUCCUCCACCACCACGGGGGCGUCCCGCCCAGCGCCCCCCACCCAGAGAACCACGACCCUCCCCCCAGCCCCGCCCCCCGCGGCCACCACCUCGGCGUCGAAGCCCCCCGCCUCGGGCACCGCCGCCGCCCCGGGACCGACCACCCACAGAGCCUGGACGGCGAGGCCGCCCACCAUCUGGCCCGCCGAGAUCUACCCCGCGGCCCGGAAACGGCCGCCUGGUGGGCCCCGGAGGCCCAGUAGGGUCACCGACGUGGAGAGCUCCACGGCGCCGCCCCCGGCCCGCUCCCCGGCCCGGCCCCCGGACGGUCAGCCCGAUGAGAAGGGGACGAGCCCGCCCCCGCCCCCGUCCCCGCCGGCCCGGGCCAAGCCUCCCAGGAAGCCGGGUGCGGAGAAGGGGCUGCCCGCCGAGCCGCAGGGCCGGCCGACGGGCUCGGAGCACGGGGCGGGGGGCGAGGGUGGGGGGCGGCCGCCGAGGAAGCAGGCCCGGCCAGACAAGGCGGCGGCAGCCGAGAAGAAGAAGAAGAAGAAGAAGAAGCUGAAGGGUGACAGGCCUGACAAGCCGCCCAAGAGUGACAGGCCUGACAAGAAAGUGGACAAGAAGUCCAAGCAGGACAAGGAGCGUGGCAAAAAGGAGGCCCAGGCUGAGCGCGGUGGGGGCCCCCAGCCCGCCCCCAAGCGCCACCCGCCCAAGACGGCCACUGACCUGCUGGGCUUCUUCGAAGGCAAAAGGAGACUCAUUCUGAUCACAGCACCCUCGGCUGAGAACCACAUGUACGUGCAGCAGCGCGACGAGUACCUGGAGAGCUUCUGCAAGAUGGCCACAAGGAGAAUCUCUGUCAUCACUGUGUUUGGCCCCAUGAACAAUGGCACCAUGAAAAUCGACCACUUCCAGCUUGAUAAUGAGAAGCCCAUGAAGGUGGUAGAAGAGGAGGACCUGGUAGACCAGCACCUCAUCAGCGAACUGCGGAAAGAGUAUGGGAUGACCUACAACGACUUCUUCAUGGUGCUCACCGACACUGACACACGGGUUAAGCAAUACUAUGAAGUGCCCAUAGCAAUGAAGUCUGUGUUUGAUUUGAUCGACACUUUCCAAUCCCGAAUCAAAGAUAUGGAAAAGCAGAAGAAGGAAGGCAUCUUCUGCAAGGAGAACAAGAAGCAAUCACUGGAAAAUUUCCUGUCUAGAUUCCGCUGGCGGCGGCGGCUGCUGGUGAUCUCAGCUCCCAAUGAUGAGGAUUGGGCCUACUCACAGCAGCUUUCCGCCCUCACGGGACAGGCCUGCAAUUUUGGUCUGCGCCACAUCACCGUCCUGAAGCUGCUGGGCCUCGGUGAGGAUGUCGGGGGGGUGUUGGAGCUGUUCCCGAUCAACGGAAGCUCCAUGGUGGACCGGGAAGACGUGCCCGCUCACUUGGUCAAGGACAUCCGGAACUACUUCCAAGUCAGCCCGGAGUACUUCUCCAUGCUGCUGGUCGGGAAAGAUGGGAACGUCAAGUCGUGGUACCCUUCGCCCAUGUGGUCCAUGGUGAUCGUGUACGACCUCAUCGACUCCAUGCAGCUCCGGCGGCAGGAAAUGGCCAUUCAGCAGUCCCUGGGGAUGCGCUGCCCAGAAGACGAGUACGCCGGCUACGGUUACCACAGCUAUCACCAAGGGUAUCAGGACGGUUACCAGGACGAUUAUCGCCACCAUGACGGGUACCCCCACGGAUACCCUUACUGAACAGAAAGAACUAUUUAACCUUUGCCCCGGCCCCCUUCCCCAGCCGACACCCACCGCCGCUCGUAAAGGCACACGUGGCCGGAUGGCCAGACACUUACAAUAAUUCCUCCAAGCCUCCUGCACCGCCCCGCCUUUCCUUACAGCGUUCGCCCAAGGCUAAAUAAAUACCAGACCUCUGCCUUCUUGGAAACGCAAGAGUCUCUGAACAUAAAAUACUUCAAAAUAGUAGCACUGAAGCUUUAAGCAAUAAAGACGUUUUAUUUUAAUCCUUGAAACCGGAGGGCACCCUGUUGCUGAGUAAUUCACCUGAAAAUCAAGAGAUGAUGUUCCUUUUUCUUUCAGGAAUGAACAUUGUUAUGGUAACACAGACUGUCAGUGAGGUUUAGUUUUAAGUAUUUCCUAGAAUGGAGUGAAAAUUAUGAAUAAGGUUAAAGAAAAUCAGCAGAGACGCAUGACACGGAUAUUUUCAGAGAAUGAGGGUGAGAAGAUUGAUUCUCAACAUAUUUUCAACCUGAAAAACUUCUCAGGAAAACUCCUGUCCAGACUCGAGUUCCAUUCAUAAAACUGGCUGUACAAGGAGAAUUUGUGGUAA